GGACCGGAUGACACUGAUGAAGAUAUAUCAGAUCUCAUUCGCCCGUAUGCUGUAUGCAUAUUUAAGGCAUGAAGAUUUGAUUUGUUUUUGAAGACAUUACGUAUUUUUCUUUUGAAAUAAAUAAUUUACUCAUGAUGACAUAAAGUUCAGAAUAUGAUUUCUUCGAAACUCGAAAGUAGUGCUACGAACUAUACCGUCGUUAAUCGAAUGGACUGGUCUUAAAGCAUGUAUGCAUCAUUCUUAAUGCUAGACUGAACAUUCAUUUUGUUAGCUGCGGAGAUGAUUCUUUUAGAUAUGCUGUGGAAGAAUAGGCGUUCAGUACUAACGAUGUUUAGUACGUCUUAAAAUGGGAGGGGGAGGGGAUGUGCGUAAAAGAAGAAAACAGCCCUCGCAUCUAUACCCACCCUCAAGAUUAUCAAUCAGUGAAUGUUUUAACAUUCCUCAACGAAAUAAAAUGAAUAAAAAAACGAAAGAACUCUUUAAUCGGUUUUCGGUACCAAGAAGCAAUAUAUGUACGCCAUCAUAGUGACUCUGUUAGAAGACAUAAAAGAUGGAUCAAGACUCCACUCAAUGACAUUGCGAAUUUUACUUUAAAACACAACACGUUACGGAGUUAAAUAAAAUUAUUCAAAAAACAAGACAUUUAGUUUAUAUUAAUAUAGAAAUACAUAUAAAAUAAUAAUAUGGCUUUCUAUUUAAUAACUGCAAAAAUUUUAUUCAGACCCGAGUAUUCAUUCUCAUUCUUUUUUUCUGUAUACUUGCUUAUCUGGUUUUGUUUUUCUUUCAUAUCGACUCUUCGUAUUCUCAUUUUUUUCCUGUUCUUGUUUAUCUCUUUUAGACCAACUCUUACUACCCUACAUCGUUUUUUCUUUCAUAUCAAUUUAUUCCUUGUUUAGUGGGCAUUUUACUUACACUAGUUUUGAAUCAUUUCUAUUUUUUUUCUUUUUAUCAAUUUUUUCUAAUAUUUUUAAAAUACUCGAUUGAUUUGCGCGAGAGCCUUUCUAAAGAUAUCCAUGUUAUAACAAAGGGUAAGGUGUGGGUGGGCGUCUUCUUUUUCCACCCACAUCGAUCUAGCUACACAUUAAAAGACUUCAGUACUUAAUUUUUUUCUGUAUUUUUAGGGUCUUAAUUGAUAAUCAUAAUACUUUAUUAAAUUUACUUGAACAAGAAGUGAAUAAUGAUGAUAAUAAUCAUGUUGUUGGACCAUUAAGAAAAUUAGUAAAUAAUUUAACAUCAAAACAGGUUUCCAUCUUACAAAUCGUCCGUGAUAACACUGGUGUUAUUACUUUGACAAAUUACGAUUGUAUAUGGAUUCAACAAUUAUCGCGUGCAACAUUAAUUACAAAAAAUGAUGAAUAUUUUCAACAAGCAAAUACUCAACUUGAUUUUGAUUUUCUUUACUUACAAUCCUAUAUAAUUUAG